UUACUUAUCCCUGCUGCAACCCUGUCCGGCUGAAUUUUUUGUCUCGCGCUUGAAUUUUUGUUUUUAUUAUUUUGCUGCUAAAAAGUAAGCUAAAAUGCCGUAUGCAAAUCAGCCUUCUGUGCAGAUAACUGAGCUGACUGACGACAAUGUGAAGUUUGUGCUGGAGGACACGGAGUUGAGCGUAGCAAACAGUCUACGUCGUGUUUUCAUAGCUGAGACGCCAACAUUGGCCAUUGAUUGGGUGCAACUUGAGGCAAACUCUACGGUGCUUUCAGAUGAGUUCCUAGCGCAUCGCAUAGGCUUAAUACCUUUGAUUUCGGACGAUGUGGUGGAGCGCCUGCAGUAUACGCGCGAUUGUAUAUGCCUUGACUUUUGUCCCGAGUGCAGCGUUGAAUUCACUUUGGAUGUCAAGUGCAAUGAGGAGCAAACACGCCACGUUACUACGGCGGAUCUUAAGUCCAGCAAUGCCAAGGUUCUUCCGGUCACAUCACGCAACCAGAGCGAGGAGGACAACGAGUAUGGUGAGAGCACUGAUGAGAUUUUGAUAAUCAAGCUACGUAAGGGACAGGAGCUUAAAUUGCGCGCUUAUGCAAAGAAAGGCUUUGGCAAGGAGCAUGCAAAAUGGAACCCCACAGCAGGUGUCUGCUUUGAGUACGAUCCGGAUAACUCCAUGCGUCAUACGCUUUACCCCAAGCCCGAUGAGUGGCCCAAGAGUGAGCACACCGAACUUGAAGAUGAUCAAUAUGAGGCACCUUACAACUGGGAAGCCAAGCCCAAUAAAUUCUUCUUCAACGUAGAAUCCUCUGGAGCACUUAAGCCUGAAAAUAUUGUCAUCAUGGGCGUGCAGGUGCUGAAGAAUAAACUUUCCAAUUUACAGACGCAACUCAGCCACGAGUCGCAGAACGAUGCGCUCGCCGUUUAAGGAAGUUUAACAAAUUUUAUAUAAUUAGUUUAAUAAACACAACAAAAAACUAA